GUCAGGUCUUUCUGGUGGGAGUAGGCAAUUGCUUUGUGUCUUCGGUCUCUGCAGAGGAGGAAGCCUAAAGAAGAAUGGCCGGCUCCAAUUCACAGCACAUGGUCUCUGGGCCAGUGACAUUUAGGGAUGUGGCUAUUAAAUUCUCUAAGGAGGAGUGGGCCUGCCUGGAUGCUACUCAGAAGAUCUUAUACAGGGACACGAUGUUGGAGACCUACAAAAACCUCGUCAGAGUGGUGGGAAGAUCCAUUUCCAAGCCAGAUCUGAUCACCUUACUAGAGCAAAAUAAAGAGCCCUGGAUGGCUGGGAAGGAAAAAACAAACAGACCAAACCCAGGUUUGGAGACAUGUUUAUCUCCACAGAAUCCUAAUAAAAACUUACCCAAACAAACCAUUCAGCAAUUAAGUAAAACUCUGGAUGGCGGCGAUAAGGUAUCUAAGGGGCUACAAAAGAAUCAAGGAGAUGCUGGUCAAAAGAAAAAGAUGCCGACUUCCGCUAGCCAGACUCUCGCUCACAAUAAAGAAAAACCAUAUCAAUGUAAAGACUGUGGGAAGUGCUUUGGUUGUAAGUCAAAUCUAGGUCAGCAUCAGAGUAUUCACACUGGAGAGAAGCCCUAUAAAUGUAAGGAGUGUGGGAAGACCUUCAGACUCCCCCAGCUGCUUCAAAGACAUCAGAGGUCUCACAGCGGUGUGAGACCUUUUGCAUGUAAUGAAUGUGGAAAGGCCUUUCAUCUUCCUAUCCUGCUUCAGUACCAUAAAAAUAUUCAUACAGGUGAAAAACCGUUUAAAUGUGAAGAAUGUGGGAAGUCCUUCAACCGCAUCUCUACCCUUCUGCAGCAUAGGACUAUUCACGCCGGCGUGAAACCAUAUGAGUGUAAUGUGUGUAGGAAAGCCUUUAAUCGUCGCUCAAACCUCCUGCAGCAUCAGAAAAUUCAUUCUGAGGACAGACCUUUUCAUUGUAAGGUGUGUGGAAAGGCCUUCACUGUUCUGGCACAGCUCACUCGACACGAGAACAUUCACAGUGAUGACAAAUCAUUUGAAUGCAAGCAGUGUGGUAAGAUAUUUAGUAGUGGCGCUUACCUUGUACGACACUACGAUACUCAUACCAGUGAGAAACCCUUUGAAUGUACUGUAUGUGGCAAGGCUUUUCGGCUUCAUCUAUACCUUGCUGAGCAUCAGAAAACUCACACUGAUGAGAGACCUUUCAAGUGUAAGCUCUGUGAGUCAGCCUUCAGACGUAAGUACCAGCUCAGUGAACAUCAGAGAAUUCAUACCGAUGUGAAACCCUAUCAGUGCAAGGAUUGUGGGAAAUUCUUUCGUCGACGAUCAAAUUUUACUGAGCAUCAGAGUAUUCACACUGGAAAGAAACCCUUUGAGUGUAAAGAAUGUGGAAAGGUCUUUAGACUUAAUAUACAUCUCAUUCGACAUCAGAGAUUUCAUAGUGAUGAGAAACCGUUUGAAUGUAAAGAAUGUGGAAAGGCUUUUCAUUUUUCCAGCCAGCUUAAUAACCAUAAAACGAGUCAUACAGGUCAGACACCUUUUCAUUGUGAGGAAUGUGGGAAGUCCUUCAAGCGUGUCUCCAGCCUUGUGGAACACAGGAUAAUUCACAGUGGUGUGAAACCAUACAAAUGUAAAGCGUGUGGAAGAACCUUCAAUCGUCGCUCAAACCUCAUGCAACAUGAGAAGAUUCAUUCUGAUGAGAGACCCUUUGAGUGUAAGGAAUGUGGAAAGGCCUUCACUGUUCUGGCACAGCUCACACGGCACCAGACUAUUCACAAUGGAAAGAAGAAAUAUGAGUGUGAUCAGUGUGAGUCAGCCUUCAGACUCCCAUACCAACUUACCCAACAUCAGAGAAUUCAUUAUGAAGUGAAACCAUUUCAAUGCAAGGAAUGUGGAAAGGGCUUUGUUCGUAGUACAGGCCUUAGAAUUCAUGAAAGAAUCCAUACUGGUGAGAAGCCCUUUAAGUGUAAGGAAUGUGGAGAAGCCUUUCAAUAUCAUUACCAAUUUCUUGGACACUUUAGAAUUCAUACUGGCAAGAACCCUUAUGAAUGUAACAAAUGUGGGAAGUACUUUACUUAUGGUAGAGAUCUUAAAGUACAUCAAAGUAUUCACAAUAUUGAGAAACCUUAAGAAUGUGGGAAGGCCUUCAGUUGAAAAUCAAAGGUUGUUUGACAUGCUAAACUUAUUAAGAAGCCUUACAAUAUAAGGAAUGUGGAAAGCCUUUAGUAAUUCUAAGCUAGUUGUAUAUCAGAAAAUUCAUACUGGUCUGAAACCCUGUGAAUAUAAGAAGCUUGAGAAAAUUUAGAUUAAGUUCAGCCUUCAGUGCACAUCGGAGAAUUCGUACUGAUAUGAAACCCUAUCAUUGUAAAGAAUGUGGAAAGACCUGCAGCUGGAGUUCAGGCCUUCAACGUAAAAGUAUCCAUGCUGUUGUCAAACACUGUGCAAGGAAUAUGUAAACAUUUAUAGAAUUAGUUCUGAAAGCUUAUGAAGGAGUUCAUAUAGGUCUAAAACUCUAAGGAUGUGAAAAAUCUUUUAUUGUUAAAGGAGCUUAUACAACAUCAGAAAAGGAAGGUGGACAAGCCCUUAUAUGGAAAUUCUAUUGAACAUCAAAGAAGUUAUCCUGACAAGAUUGAGACUGAAAAGAAUCUAGGAAGAACUAAUCUGUCAUAGGAUUAACCAAUAGCUGAGUAGUCAUAUACUCAUGAUACCAAGAAACCCUUAGAGAAUGAAACUGUAGGACCUUUGUUAUUCACAGAAGAUGCUGUUGAGAAUGUCUUUGAAUGUCAGAACGAUAUAUUGUAGCCUUCAUGGUCCUGUUAUUUCAUCUUUAGUACUACUGUUAAUUGCAUAAACUUAACUCACCAAACACAAUUCAGCUAACUUAGGAAGAACAAUUAUUGAGACCAGUAUUGUUUGAGGCACCUUGCCACCAUUUACAUCGCAUGGCUCCUGUGCACAAAGACUGGAUGUUUCCUUUCUUUCUACAUAGUUAAUGGUGAGCACAGUACCAGCCAAACUUGUGGAAACAGGGUUAUAGUAGAUAAGGAAUCCUUGAGAAUUUUUGGUUCAUGUUCUGUAAAGUAGCUUUUACAGUGUUAUUGCUUUCACUGGCAUUACUGUAACUGAUAUGAAGGGCAAGUUGUGUUGUAGAUAGUUUAGAAAAGCCUCAUACAACCCUCCAGUAUUAAAUUCCAAAUACUUCCUUCUGGAUAAAAUCUGAUGGAUGAAAAAGUACAUGACAACAUUUUUAUUCUCAGUCCAUUUUUUUUAGCUUUUGUGCAGAGAUGUCUAAAAACUAGCUGUUGGUGAAUAAGCAUUUUUAAAAGGGGUUAGACACAACUUUCAAAAGGUAAAAUCAUGUAAUUUAUGCUCUUUCCAGACAGUAAGAUAAAAUACAUUUGUGACUGUACAAGACAUUGCAGUCUCCUCCAUUUCAUGUUGCUGAGACCAUUUUAGAUUUAACUAGAAUUUGACUUUUGAUGGAAGAGAUUCUUGUAAAUUUACCCAACUCUGUAGUCUAUGAACCAGAGGUCAAGAUGCUCCUCCUAAUUUAUUUUGCUUCUCUUAAACUGCCUGCAUGUGCAAACUUCCCCCUUUAGCUAACUGCUUAUCCUGGCUUCUGUUAAACUGCCUGCUUGGGCAAACGCUCCUGCUGUAGCUGCUGAGCAAGAUAUCAGAAUGUGGUCCUUGUUUUUAGUAGCCCUUUGCUCUAAAUGCUUGUGAGUAUGCUUGGAUCCUCAAUACCUGAGUGUAGUCCCAGCCAACUGGAAUAAAGACUUUCAGUUGGCUAUAAUUUGUGUCUGACUCAUUUUCUCUGGUGGGCUCUCCAUAAAACAUUAACAGAAAAUGGCCCAAUUUGAAGCCAGGUAUAAAAAUACAUGUGAGAAAUUUUUCAUACAUAUGUAAAUGUUAGAACAAUCAGAAACAUUUCUGGAGGGGAAGCAGGAGAAGAGAGUUGGGUGGAUGGGAGAUGAUGAGGCAAAAAUAUAGCUAGUGGAGGACCCCAUUCCAGGUGGCAGAUCAUUGGGAUCCACUACCAGAGAAUUUAACUUAGAAUGGUUUACAAAUUAGGAUGCUAGUUGUUACACCCAGUGUUUGUGUUACUUGUUACUUCUUUAAAAAGAAAAAAAAACAAACAACAACCAAAAAAAACUUCUGUAUCAUCAUCACUUGAAUUAAAAACUGUUAGUUUACCAUGUUAA